GUUGUAAAUUGCACCUUCCCUUUCCAUUCCUUCAAUUCUAUUCACACGCACAAAGUCAAAUACCUUCCCAUUCCAAAAUAAAUACCACAACAAAACCCAUACAUACAAUACACAUCACAAAAUUCACCAAUGCAAUGUCCACGUCAUCACCACCACCGCUUCAACUAAACAACAACCACACCACCACCGUCAUCCCCGGUUGCUCUUUCAUCCUCGCACUUCUCCACUGCCUCCGCAACAAAAAACGAACCACUCCCUCCUCCGACUCCGACUCUAACCCUCCUCACCCUUUCUCCUACUCCCUCCUACUCCGCGCCACAAACUCCUUCUCCACAAUCCUCGGUCACGGUGGCUUCGGUCCUGUCUACUCCGGCACUCUCCCUUCCUCCGGUAAACCCAUCGCCGUCAAACUCAUGAACUCCACCUCCCUCGGCGUCGUCGGCAGCCAAGGAGAACGCGAGUAUCACAACGAACUCUUCUUCGCUUCCAGACUCCAAUCCGAACACCUUGUACCUGCUAUCGGUUUCUCCUCUGAUCCUAAACGCCGUCGUUUUGUUCUCGUUUAUGAUCUCAUGAAAAACGGUAACCUCCACGACGCUCUUUUUCGUCGUAAAAGCCUUGAAUUAACGAUAUGGAAGACGCGUUUUUCGAUAAUUGUUGAUAUAGCAAAAGGAAUUCAGUAUCUUCAUUCAUGUGAUCCUGCAAUAAUUCAUGGUGAUAUUAAACCUAGUAAUAUUCUCCUUGAUCAUUCGUUUUCAGCUAAAAUCGCAGAUUUCGGACUUGCUAGGUUAAAAACCUUUCAAUUCGAAAUCAGUGAUUAUAGAAGAAAAGAAGAGUUUGAGAGUGAUGGUGCUGAAACAGAGAGUGUUAAUACUAGCUUUGAGGAAUAUGAGAGGGAGAUGGUUGGUGGUGGAUUGAAGAAGAGUGGAAGUGUGAAGGAUUAUGUGAUGGAUUGGAUUGGAAAAGAGGUGAAGGAAGAAAGAACAAAGAAUGAUGAUUUGGUGGGUGGAAGUGGAAAGGGAGAGAAAAGUAAGAUGAAGAAGAAAUUGGAGUGGUGGGAAUCAAUGGAUGAAGGAAAGAGAAAGGGUGAUUUGAAAAAAGAGAAGAGAAGACCAGUAAGAGAAUGGUGGAAGGAGGAGUAUUCUCAAGAGCUUGAAAACAAGAACAAGAAGAAGAAUAAUAAGAAAAAGAGUGAAAAAAAUGGUGAUAAUUGGUGGAAAUGGGACAGAGAUCAUGUUCAUGAUCAUGAUGCUGGUAGUGAUGUGAAGAAAAUGAGUUAUAAAAACCGUAGUAGGAAGGAACGAGGUAGUGGUGAUUCAUGGUUAAGUGGGGAAUUAAGGAGAGUGAGUUGGAAUAGUUAUGAUUCAUGUAAUAGUGGAGAAAUUCAUAAGAGUGGUGAAAUUAGUAGUACUCCAAGUAUGAGAGGAACUGUUUUUUAUGUUGCUCCUGAAAAUGGUUAUAGUGAUGUAACAGAGAAGUCUGAUGUUUAUAGUUUUGGUGUGUUAUUACUUGUUAUUGUUUCUGGGAGAAGACCUCUUCAAGUGAAUGCCGGUGGUAGUGGGGAUGGGGAUGGAUUCAAGCAUAUUUCAGAGUUUAAGCGAGCGAAUUUGGUUUCUUGGGCUAGACAUUGUGCGCGUAAUGGGAAACUACUCGAACUUGUUGAUCCAUUAGUUGAGUUGUUGCUAUUGGAUGAUAAAGAGCAGGCUCUUUUAUGUAUCAAAAUUACAUUGCUUUGUUUGCUUAAGUCGCCUAAUCGGAGACCUUCAAUGAAAGAGAUUGUAGGAAUGCUUAGCGGGGAAUUGGAGCCACCUCAAUUGCCACCUGAGUACUCACAAUCUCGAUUCCAAUUCAAGAAUCGAAAAGAAUGUUCAUGACGGCCAGUGGUAGUUAGUUUGAUAACCGUACAUCAGCUGUACGGUGCAGCAACUGUGACAGUCGUUAGAUAGGGAGAAAAUUUCUCUGCAUUUGGCUAUAGAGAAUCCAAAUCCCACAUUUGGGAAAGUUGUCUUCUCGCCAAGAUAUUUAUGUGUAGCGGGUUGCACCGUAAAAUUAGUUGCACAAGAUUAAAGUUUGUGUUCUGGCUAUUGUAGUAUACUAUAUGCUUUUGGACAUCAUGUAGGCUCCAUUUGUUUCACUUGUCCUUAGGAUUGAUUUUUGUAUAUAGAGAAUCAUGUUAUUUCACACCGACUUUUAGGCGUGUUUUGGAAAUUAUGGUCAAUGCUUUAGUGUAGGGUCAUCUUUGUAGUUCACAUAACUUUUGAUAAAGAAAAAGCGUGUUGCCUUUCAUAUA